UAAGGGUUGUGGGAGGAACCAGGGGUUUUGGGUCUCCGACCAGACAGCGGCCGCGAUGAAGGCGUCCGCCAGCUGAAGGGAGAAGCCGAAGCUGUUUGGAAAGCAGAGAGUCUGGACCGAGAGGCCGAGGAGGGACGUGAUGCACACGGAGAGGUUGGAGUGAAUUGGACGGCACAGACCAGCGGGACAGUACCUGUCGGUCCAGAUGAAGUGCUUACUGAUUGCCAGUGAGAGUGCCGAGGUCCUCUUCCACUGGACCGACCCAGAGUUUCAGCAAAAUGUCCAGAAACAGUAUGGGGCGUCUCAAGAGGACGGCCAGGGGCUUCCGGCCUUCGAGGACAGCAUCAGCACUCUGUUUGCUCCAAUCAUUAUCUCCUGCAUCACCAUGGUGGACAGGCUGCGUGACAGCUACACCUCCUUCACCACGGAAAACCACCACAUCUACGUCCUGCACCAGUUUGACGAGUGUCUCUACAUUGCUGUGAAUGGCGACGGCGAGGAGGGAGAGUGUGACCUGAGGAGGAAGAUCUACGUGGUGAAAAAGAUGACGGAGGUGCUCUUCGGCAUGGUCACCCUCAGCAGUAACCUCCUCAGGAAAGAGCUGCGUCCUCAGGAUACAGAGCAGAGGGCGAGGCUGUGGAAGCAUCUGCAGAGCCUGCUGCAGACCUACGGCCACCUGCGGGAGAACGACCAGAGCUUCUUAGUGGAGGCCGUGGAGAGGCUGAUCCACCCCACGCUGUGUGAGCAGUGCAUCGAGUUCCUGGAGCGCCGUUUGGUUCAGCAGCUCAACAGCAGUGGCGAGCGAGCGGGAGAGGAGGUGAUGCACGCCUUCAUCCUGGUCCAUACCAAGCUGCUGGCGUUCUACUCCAGCCGCAACGCAAGCAGCCUCUCCACCUCGGACCUGCUGGUCCUCAUCAUCAUGGCCCAGAAUAUGUAUCCUAGCAACACCGACUCGGAUGAUCCGAAUCCUGAGGAUGUCGAGAGUACGUCUGGCUCUGGUCCUGAAAGUUUUUACACGCCAGAGCCCUCGCCGCCGCCUGACAGGGGCUCGAGUAGUUCAGGAGAGAAGCCGGGGAGAGGAAGCACACCUGUGUUUGAGUUUGUGGACCCAGACGUACAGAUGGCAGAGGACAGCUUGCAAACUCUAGAAGUUCCUCCGCCCGACCCGUCGACCCCCCGCAGAGUCUUCCUGGAGGUCUCGCUCAAAGAUGGGUUGUAUCCCAUGAUGCCUCACUCCAUGUACUGUCUGCCUCUGUGGCCUGGCAUCACACUUGUGCUGCUAACAAAGAUUCCCACCAGUGCGGUGGCCAUGUCAGUGUACACGUUUUUGGAGGCCUUUGCCAAACUGGAGAAACGUUUGAGUGAAGGCCAAGAAGGAUCUGCUGCUACCAGAGGACAGCGAACUAUCCAUGAAGUCCGCGGCAAACUUGAUAAAUUCAUCAAAGCCCUGGGGCCCACUGAGAUACAGUCUGGACAGUUACAAAAGGAGUGGAUAGAGUUCAAGAACUUGGCCUUCACCAGAGGAGGACCUGGCUUCAGCAGACACCUCAUUCCAUCUUGUAAGAAGAUGAAGACUCAGCUGUGUGCCGUGUACAGACAGUGUUUUCUCCUCGAGUCCGGAUCAAGUAGCAUUCCUCAACGUCUCUCCCCCGGGCUGCAGGAACGGGCCCAGUCCAUGGUGCAAGAGAAACUGAUGGACUGGAAGGACUUCCUGUUGGUGAAAAGCAGGAGAAAUAUCACCAUGGUGUCUUACCUGGAGGAUUUCCCGGGCCUCAUCCAUUUCAUCUGCGUGGACCGAUCCACCGGUCAAAUGAUCGCACCGUCGCUCAAUUUGACGGAGCGCAACACGUCUGAGCUGGGGAAGGGCCCGUUGGCUCAGUUCAUCAGACGCAAGGUGUGGACCCUGGUCAAUACAACACGGCGUUACCUCCAGAAGGGUUACUCCACAGUAACCUUCCGUGACGGAGAUUUCUACUUUUGCUACUUUCUCUGGUUUGAAAAUGAAACCGGCUUUAAGUUAGAGGCCGGCGACCUGCCCGUCCUGUCUGAUGACUCCGCCCCCAUCGGGAUGCUUGCCUGGGACUACUACAGGAAGCUGCUGCGGUACUACAGCAAGAGUCACCAGGGCGAGGUGGUGAAGUGUUACGAGCUGCUGACGGUUCACCUGGGGGUCGUCCCCGCUGAGAUCAUCCUGCAGCACUGCAGGCAGCUGGCAAGCAAACUGUGGGAGCCGUCGCGCAAUCCACUGCUGUAGAAACACCCACAUGAACUUAGUCACGCUAGCCAAGGUACUCUGCGAUGACAAGAAGCCAAAACAAAGAUAUUACAACAUAUAGAUGCGUGUCCAACACGUUUAUGUUAAACCCCGACCAACCGGCACUGUUAUGAAGUAUAUUUAGAAUUUCUUGAUUUGUGUGAUAUAUUUUUGAACCUUUACUUAUGAGCGGUUUUUAUUUAUUAGCAAUACUAAAUGUUUUGUGUUCACUUGUUUUUAAACUGCAGCUGAUCAAUUUUUAUAAAAACACAUUGUCCGUUGUUGCCUUUACUACUGCUAGUGUCUUAAUAUGUAUGAAUGAAGCAUACAAUUGUUAUUAUUGUACGUCUCCAAUAACUUUUAAGAUUAAGAGAUAAUAAAUGUCAGUAUUCUCA